UUUUCCAAAAUUAGAAAAGGGGGGAGAUUCCUAAAACCUCAUCAUCAUCCCCGCUAAACUUUCCUUUUUUUCUUCCUUCUCAUUCUCCACUCUAUAUUUUCUCUAUCCUCUUUCUUCCACCGUCCUAACUUAAAAACUUUUUCAAUUUCCCAAUUUUACAGUCACACUUGCCAAUAGAAAAAACCCUAACAAAAUCCCCCCUUUCAAUUUAGGGUUUUUUGAUGAUCAUCAUCAUUCUUUUCGUCUGAUCAUCAUCAUCAUCAUCACCUCCAUAAUCUCUAUAUUCCCUUUAAUUUCUGAAAUUCAUCAAUCAAAUAACAUAUUCUCUCUUGCGCUGUUUUUUUUAAGCUGAAGAGAGAGAAGAUUAACGAGUGAAGUUGCGUUAUUUAGGGUUUUAGCAAUGGAUUCAGAUGAAGAACUACUCGACUCUUACGAUGGAGAUUCUGGAGAAGAUUACUAUUACAGUGGUGGUGAUUCUGAUAUGGGUGAUUUUAUUGCUGGUGUUGAUGAUGAUGAUGAGGACAAUGACGCCGAUUAUGGUUAUGCUAGUGACGAAAACGCUCAUGUCGAGAAAACAUAUACAGUCUUGAAGGAGGGUGAUAUCCGACAGCGCCAAGAAGAGAACAUUUCACAUGUCUCUGCUGUUCUAUCGAUUUCUAGGGUCGCUGCAAGCAUAUUGCUUUGCAAUUAUAAAUGGAAUGUUUCUCAGUUGCAUGAUGAAUGGUUUGCUGAUGAAGAAAGGGUUCGAAGGACUGUUGGCCUGCUAAGCAGGCCAUUAGUUCUGUUGUCUGAUGCAAAAGAACUGACCUGUGGAAUUUGUUUCGACUCCUAUCCGCGAGACCUAAUACAUUCAGCUGUUUGUGGUCACCCUUAUUGUACAACAUGCUGGAAAGGUUAUAUUACUACAUCUAUUAAUGAUGGCCCAGGAUGCUUGUUGUUGAGAUGUCCGGAUCCAGCUUGCAUUGCUGCAGUUGGUCAAGAUAUGAUCCUUAAAUUAGCAUCUAAGGAAGAUAAGGAGAAGUACUACCGCUAUAUUGUCAGAUCUUACGUCGAGGACAAGAAAAAGACCAAGUGGUGUCCUGCUCCAGAUUGUGGAAACGCAGUAGAGUUUGAAUUUGGAAGCAGCGUUUAUGAUGUUAAAUGCCUCUGUUCGUAUGCCUUCUGCUGGAAUUGUACUGAAGAAGCUCAUCGUCCUGUGGACUGUAGCACUGUUUCUAAAUGGAUUUUGAAGAAUAGUGCAGAGUCUGAAAAUAUGAAUUGGAUUUUGGCUAAUUCAAAACCUUGUCCGAAGUGCAAGCGUCCAAUAGAGAAGAACCAAGGAUGCAUGCAUAUGACUUGCACCCCACCAUGCAAGUUUGAGUUUUGCUGGCUAUGCCUUGGUGCGUGGACUGAUCAUGGGGAAAGGACAGGUGGUUUUUACGCAUGUAAUCGUUACGAAGCUGCAAAACAAGAGGGAGUGUAUGAUGAAGCUGAAAGGAGGAGGGAAAUGGCAAAGAACUCUCUUGAGAGAUAUACACAUUAUUAUGAACGAUGGGCCAGCAACCAAACUUCGAGGCAAAAAGCUGUUGCAGAUUUGCACCAAAUGCAGAGCGUCCAUUUAGAGAAGCUGAGUGACAAGCUGAAGGAACCCGAAUCACAACUUAAAUUUAUAAUAGAGGCUUGGCAACAGAUCAUUGAGUGUAGACGAGUGCUAAAAUGGACCUAUGCAUAUGGUUACUAUUUACCUGAUCAUGAAAAUGCCAGGAGACAGCUCUUUGAGUAUUUGCAAGGUGAGGCAGAGGCUGGUCUUGAAAGGUUACAUCAAUGUGCGGAGAAGGAAUUAUUGGUUUUCCUUGGUAAUGAUAACGGCGAUGCUGACAUUCAAUCAGAUUUUAAUACGUUUCGCCCAAAGCUGGCUGGAUUGACCAGGGUCACUCGUUCAUACUUUGAGAAUUUGGUCAGGGCAUUAGAAAAUGGUUUAUCAGAUGUGGAUUCGCAAGCAGCUUCCAGCACGUCAGCGUGCCCAAAAAACUCUGUAGCCAAAGGGAAAGGGGGUAAAGGAAAGGGUUCAACUUCGCGAUCUAAUCGUUCUGGUUCCAUAAAUUUAGAUGAUAUCAACCAUUGGAACUGUGAUAGGUGUACUUUUGCAAAUUCAGAUUCAGCGACUUCAUGUCAGAUGUGCCAUAAUCAACGGUGAAGACUCUUCAGUCCUCACGUAAUUCCUGGAUUAUUGUCCUGAAGGUGUUUAGAAUGGGCACUCAAUUCUUAUCUAGCUGCAGAAGGCAGCCCUCCUCCCUGGACAUCAUACUGUCAGGAAGAUGGAAGAAGUGUAAAGAAGUACCACUCCCCCUGAUUUAGAGGAUUGUAAAUAAUAGUAUCUGAUUGAUAAUGCCUGUCAGACAUUCAAAUGCAUUACUAUAUCAUAAUCAUAUAUGUGAUAUUAACCGGCAAGAGGGUGUUUUAUCUUCGGUAAGGAACCUUGCAAAUUUUAAGGUUUAGUCAUGGGUUGGUCCCUAUUUGUUUCAGAAUGAUAUGUUUGUUAUGGCCAGUGCCAGUGGUAUAUAAUCUGUCUCAUUUCACCUA